AUGGAGGUAUGGGCACUUUUGAUUGCUCUGCUGGUGGCUCUUCUGAUUCUGCACUACCUGAAACAGCUCUGGUCACACAGGCAUUAUCCUCCAGGACUUCUCCAGCUUCCUCUCAUUGGAGCCAUAUGGAGGUUUGGAUUCAAGAUUGAUGAAAAUACUCUCAUUCAGCUGGGAAAGCAACAUGGAAAUAUUUACACCAUAUGGUUUGGACAUCUACCCAUUGUAGUACUGUCUGGAUUCCAAGCAGUGAAAGAAGCGCUCAUUGACCACUCUGAAGAAUUAGACGAGCGACCAGAGACUCCUUUCCUUAGAACUCUGAUGAAAGGAAAGGGUAUUGUAUUAUCAAAUGGUCACACCUGGAGGCAACAGAGAUGCUUUGGUGUAGUUACUAUGCGGAAGCUGGGACUGGGGAAGAAAGGCAUGGAGCACCAAAUAGCAGAGGAGGCUCAUCAGCUCGUGGAGGUUUUUGCACGUUCAAAGGGACAGCCACUUGACCCCUCCAUGCCCAUCGCUAAUUCAUUCUCCAACGUGAUAUGUGCUGUGGUUUUUGGGCACCGGUUUGCUCUUGAAGAUGAACGGUUCCAGAAGCUGAUAGAAGCCAUUGAUUUUGUCCUAAAAAAUUUAUCUAGCGUUGUUCAUAGUCUUUGUGAAAUUCUCCCAUGGCUCAUGAAACAUCUCCCAGGGCCCCACAAGAAGGCCUUGUCCUGCAUGGAGAUGGUGCUUUCAUUUGCAAAGGAGGAGAUAGAAAAGCAUAAGGAGAAUCAGUCUCUGCAUAAUCCACAGGAUCUCAUUGAUUUCUAUCUACUUCAGAUGGAGAAAAGCAGGAAUGACCCAGAGUCCACCUGUGAUGAAGAAAACUUGGCCCAGUGCAUUUUUGACCUCUUUGUAGGAGGGUCGGACACAACUACGUGUUCUCUGAAAUGGGCACUUCUCCUCCUGGCAAGUCAUCCAGAUAUCCAAGAUAAAAUGCACAAGGAGAUAGAAGAUGUCAUAGGUUCUGCUCACUCAAUCUGCUAUCAAGAUAAGAAGAAACUGCCCUACACCAAUGCUGUGAUUCAUGAAAUGCAGCGCUUUAAAUACAUCAGUUUUUUGGGGUUACCUAGGCAAUGUACAAAGGAUUUCAAGCUGCGUGGUUUUCUCAUUCCCAAGGGGACUAUUAUUGUUCCCGAUCUACGCUCUGUUCUUCUUGAUCCAACACGAUGGGAGACACCUGCAGAGUUCAACCCAAAUCAUUUUUUGGACAAGGAUGGACAAUUCGUGAACAGAGAAGAAUAUCUGCCAUUUGGUGCAGGGGCUCGCAUUUGUUUGGGAAUGCAGAUGGCAAAGAUCGAAAUAUUCAUCUUCCUGACCAGCCUGCUGAGGGCAUUCAGUUUUCAGCUGCCAGAAGGAGUCAAAGAGCUCAAUCAAGAGGCUAUAAUAGGGAUUAUAGCACAUCCCCAUCCAUAUAAACUCUGUGCUGUUCCUCGUUGCAACACAUAA